GUCGUCGUCCCCCUCCCGCCGUGCCCCCCCCCGCCCCCGUCCACUCCGCCGCCCCCCGGUGUCGGCGCGGCGCGGGGCGGCGGGCGCGCUCCGGGCAGCCAGGGCGGCGCUCGGCGGGGCCGCCCCCGCCAUGUCGGUGAACAUGGAGGAGCUGCGGCACCAGGUGAUGAUCAACCAGUUCGUGCUGGCGGCCGGUUGCGCCGCCGACCAGGCCAAGCAGCUGCUGCAGGCGGCCCACUGGCAGUUCGAGACGGCCCUGAGCGCCUUCUUCCAGGAGACCAACAUUCCCAGCAGCCACCACCCCCCCCAGAUGAUGUGCACCCCCAGCAACACGCCGGCCACGCCGCCCAACUUCCCGGACGCUCUGGCCAUGUUCUCCAAGCUGCGGACGUCCGAGAGCCUGCAGAGCAGCAACAGCCCCAUCACCUCCAUGGCCUGUUCCCCCCCGGGGAGCUUCAGCCCCUUCUGGGCCUCCUCACCCCCCAGCCACCAGCCUGCCUGGCUGCCCCCCUCCUCACCCACCGCCCACGGCCUCCACCACCACCUGCACCACCCGCAGCCUGCCUGGCCCCCCGCCCCCCCACCCGCUGCCCCCCCACAGAAAGCCAUGGCCACCAUGGAUGGCCAGAGAUAAGACUGGGUUGGUGGAGGGGGAAGGGGGGGGGGGGGGGAAUUGGGGGGGUCCAGGCCAGGGCGUUGGGAGUGGGGGCUCCCCCAGAAACGCACUGGAAUAAUUUUCUAGGUUUUAUUAUUAUUGGGGGGUUUUUUUGGGGGGGUGGGGGGGGAAAACAUGCUGCCGGGGGGGGGGGGGCACCGGCCCAUGAAAGCCUCUGCAAGAGUUGCUAGCUGGUCUUUUCUCCCCUCAUUUUUUUUUAAAUAUAUAACUAUAAUAUAUAAAUAUAUCUAAUGUAUAUAAAUCCAGAGAGAAGGAGCAGCAGCACAGAGGCAGCUGCCAGGUUGGGGGGGAGUUUCCCCUAUGGCUCCCCCCCUCAGCAUCCCUGCAGCAGGGCGGGGGGGGGCAGGAAUAACAGAAAUAACAGAUGGAGGUGGCUGUCAGCACCCCAGAUUAUGGCUAUGGGGGCACAGAGCUGUUGGGGGGCCCCCCCAGCUCUGGAUUUCCCGGACGCUUGUUGCAGCGCCCAGAGCAAACACCCCUCCGGCUUCUGAAAUUCAGCCCGGCUUCUUGCACAGCCCCCCCGCCCCAUCCUCCCUUGGCAGUGACUGUCCCCCCGUCCCUGCGGCCACCGGUCAUGGCUCUUCCCCAGGGAGGGGGAACUGAGGGAUUUUUUUUAGUUUUCAAACCAAUCUUGCUUAAAAAAAACCCGAAAAAACAAACAAAAAAAGAAAAAAAAAACCAACAAAAAAAGGUUGAAGGUUUUUUAUUAAUUUAAAAAUAAAAAAAAAAAAAAAGACUUUUUUAACA